UCUCGAUUGUGCUAAGCGGAAAGUCGCGGAAAGAGAGCGGAGAUUUACGUCAAGUACGAAAAACGAUAUCAGAUAACCCUUUACCGAUUUCGAUUCCUGAAAAAUCAGGAAAAUCAGGCAAGAUUCAGUUCGUCUACGUUUACAACGGUACCGCGCCCCACGCCGCCUCCUCCUACCGCACCGCCGUCGCCCCCUUUGCGCCCUACGCGGCCGAGCGGACCACCCACCACCCACUCCCACCCUCUGACCUUCAGGAGCAACUGCCCUCCGAUACCGAGCAGCUAGCAGGAACGGAUCAGGAGCCGGAAGAGGAGGAAUCUGAGGAGGAGCGCGCAGGUAGCGGACCCUCGAUCAAGCCGCUCAUAGGAACAGCAACAACAACACCGGAAGCGGUACAAAAGGCGGCGGCAAAAGAGACGGCAACAAUGGCGGUGGUGCGCAAGAAACAGGACGAUAAAUACCUGCUCGCUCUGCGGGAAUUGGUGGCCAGCGGUUCGGGGGGCAAUCGGCAGUGCUUCGACUGCGGACAGAAAGGACCAACCUACGUGAACAUGACCAUCGGCUCCUUUGUCUGCACCCGCUGCUCCGGAGUCCUACGCGGUUUAACGCCACCACAUCGGGUAAAAUCCAUAUCGAUGGCCACAUUCACACAGGACGAGAUCGACUUCCUGCGCACCCAUGGCAACGAGCUGUGUGCGAAAACAUGGCUGGGAUUGUGGGAUCCGAAGCGUGCUGUGCACCAGCAGGAGCAGCGUGAGCUGAUGAUGGACAAGUAUGAACGCAAGCGGUACUAUUUGGAGCCGGCCAGUCCGCUGAAGUCCCUGGCCAAUGCGGUGAACCUAAAGUCGUCUGCUCCGGUGACGAAUCACAUACAGAAUGGCCACCACAAUGGGUAUGCCAGCAUCCAUCUGACACCGCCUGCUGCCCAGCGGACAACGGCCAAUGGCUUGCAGAAGCUAGCUAACUCAUCCAACAGCUCCUCCGGGAAUUCCUCCUCUUCUAUCAGCCGGCCACAUUAUCAUCAUCAGCACAACAGCCAAAACAACAAUCACGAUGCAUUUGGUCUGAGUGGAGGGCUGAGCAGCCUUAACAGUGCCGGUUCCACAUCCACCGGAGCUCUUUCGGACACCAGUAGCUGCGCCAGUAAUGGCUUCGGUGCGGACUCCGAUUUUGUGGCCGACUUUGGCUCGGCCAACAUUUUCGAUGCCACAUCAGCGCGCUCUCCAGGAUCGCCGGCUGUGUCCUCCGUCUCCUCGGUGGGAUCCAGCAAUGGCUACGCCAAGGUGCAGCCCCUCCGGGCAGCUCAUCUCCAGCAGCAACAACAGCAGCUUCUCAAUGGCAAUGGUCACAAGGGCACAGAGAACUUUGCGGACUUUGAUCACGCACCCAUCUUCAAUGCAGUGGUUCCAACAACUUUUCACGAUUGGAUCAGCGACUGGAGCAGGCGGGGCUUUCACGAUCCCUUUGACGAUUGCGAUGAAUCUCCUUCAGGGUUUGCUCAAGUUUCGGUUCAAGUUCCCGCAGUAUUAUCACCACUGCCAACAGUCGAAGAAGAACCAGAGCCGGCGUGGAACUUCUGGCAGGAGGAGAUGCGAAUAGAGGCGCAGGAGCAGGAGUCUUUGCAGCAACAGGAGGAGCUGGGUUGCUACUCCUUUUUCAAUAGCACUCCGCCUCUUUCGCCCACGAAUCCCUUUCUGCCCUACUUAGUGAAUGAGGAGCCCCAUCCUCGGAAUACUCCAGAGAAGCCCUCCAAUUCGUAUUUGUUGUUCAGCUCUAUCUCAAACAGUUCCCAAGAAGAUCAGACAGAUGAUCAAGAGAUGAAUAGUUUAAAUGCCAAUUUUCAUGAUUUCUUUACGUGGAGUGCACCUUUGCAGAAUGGCCAUGCGACAAGUCCGCCAAAGGGUGGAAGUGCGGCCAUGGCUCCUAGUGAGGAUCGAUAUGCUGCUCUUAAGGAUCUCGACGAGCAACUGAGAGAACUGAAGGCCAGCGAAAGCGUCACAGAGGCGCCCACGCCCACCAAUGGCAACGGGCAGGCCACAGAUGCCUUUGGUGGCGCCCUCAACAACAAUCCAAAUCCAUUCAAGAGCCAGCAACAACAGCAGCUUAGCAGCCACGUGGUGAAUCCAUUCCAGCAGCAACAGCAGCAACCGAAUCUCUAUGGCCAGGUGACGCUCAUACCAAACGCCUACGGCAGCAGUCCCCAGCAGCAGAUGGGGCAUCAUCUUCUCCAGCAGCAGCACCAGCAACAGAGCUUCUUUAACUUCAACAACAACGGGUUUGCCGUCUCGCAAGGCUUGCCCAACGGCUGCGGCUUUGGCAGCAUGCAACCAGCUCCAGUGAUGGCCAACAAUCCCUUUGCAGCCAGUGGCGCCAUGAACACCAACAAUCCAUUCUUAUGAGACUCAACCGGGGAGAAUUCGCCACUCGCCACUUGGCAGAGGCACUGAGCCAGCGAACAAAGAGCAGAAAAAGUGGAGGAGCUGCGGAACCGAACCGAAAUUAGUCCAUUUUACGAACAAUAGCGUUAAUCUAUAUAUACAAAAUACACGCCGGAGAGCACUCUCUGUGUACAUAUGUCAAAUAUGUAUACCCCGAAGGCUCCACGCUGACGCUUAUCCUGGAGGAAGGAUACGGCGGGCUGAGGCGUUAAUAUAUUAUUUUACAUGGUAACUCUACUCUAACGUUUACCUAUACGGAUAUUUGUAUUUGCCGUUUGCCCCUAGAACUUUCUAAUUGUACCGAGCGCCCAUAAAACACAUUAACCACUAACAUAGCUACUAAUCCUAAUCCUAGUGGAGGAUGCAGUAGGCCCAGAUUCUCUGAUAUUUGUUUUGUCUGUCCUCGUAUUUGUCUUUGUCCCCUUUAGCACUUUCGUUGCGGAUAAGAACUCUGUCAGUUAUUGAUUGUGUGGCCUUAAUAAGAUUAUAAAACUAUAUAUAAAACGUACUACUAUAUAUAUAUACGGAUACAGAUACAGAUAUAUACAAAUAUGCUUUUGUACCUAAUGAAUUGCUUCUUGUUUUCAUUGCUAAUAGUCUGCUUUCCGUGUGCUAAUUUUAUUUAUUAGUACGUGCGAUAUCGGGCGUGUAGAUUGCUCAACUUGCGAGUCAAACCUUUUUGGUUGCACCAACGGCCCAGACAUUUGUACAUAUACUGUCUGAUUGUAAGCCCCGUGUAAUACCUCCAUUAACACCAGUCUCCCACCCAUCCAUCGAACCGAAUCCAUGACUCAAUUCACUGCUCACAUGUCCAUGUCCAGAUAAGAAGCAAGAAUUUUUCCAUUUUUAGCCUUAACGUGUCAAACAUUAUCGAAGCCUUAAAGUUAUUUAAAACUACGAAAAUUUCAAUAAAAACAAAUAAGAACGCUAAA